CGUUUGCUUGUAUCUAGACUUCCUCAUCUGCCUGCUUUAUGCAAGUCAAAUGUCUAUUCUAGAUUACUACGAGCUUCUCUAUCUAUCGUAAAUUAUCUGGUUUGUGUAUCUGUAUAAUCGUCUACUUUUCUUCUCCCUCGACCUUUUCCAUUCCCCAGAGCAAAUCUUUGUAGAAAUAUAUAAAGAUUUAUGGAAGGUGGAAGUUGGAAUACAAGUAAAGACGAAGAACAGCAUCUAUUUCAUGUGGUGUACAAGGUUCCUUCUGGUGACACUCCUUAUGUUCGAGCUAAGCAUGCCCAGAUAGUGCAAAAGGAUCCAGAAGCUGCUAUCGUGUGGUUCUGGAAGGCCAUAAAUGCAGGAGAUAGGGUAGACAGUGCCCUAAAGGACAUGGCUGUGGUGAUGAAGCAGUUAGAUAGAACUGAAGAGGCCAUUGAAGCCAUUAAAUCUUUUCGAGUUCUUUGCUCCAAAAGCUCCCAAGAAUCAAUCGACAACAUUCUCAUUGACUUGUACAAGAAAUGCGGGAGAAUAGACGAACAAAUAGUGAUGUUAAAACAGAAGCUAAGGAUGAUUUAUAGAGGAGAGGCAUUCAAUGGAAGGCCUACCAAAACGGCUAGAUCUCAUGGCAAGAAGUUUCAGGUUUCUGUCAAGCAAGAAACCUCCAGAAUACUGGGGAACUUGGGGUGGGCGUACAUGCAGAAAUCAAACUAUAUGGCAGCAGAGGUUGUAUACAAAAAGGCACAGAUGAUUGAUCCCGAUGCUAACAAGGCUUGUAACUUGGGCUACUGUCUCAUCAAGCAGGCCCGAUACGACGAGGCCCGUUCAGUCCUUGAAGGUAUACAGCAGGGCACAACCCCUGGUUCUGAUGACAUGAGAACAAGGAGGAGGGCCGAAGAAUUACUUGCAGAAUUGGAACUGAACCGGCCAGAAAUAGUGGCAUCAGAUAUAAUGGGACUUGAUCUUGAUGAAGAUUUUGUUGAUGGGCUUGAGAAAUUAAUGAAUGCAUGGGGGUCAAGUAGACCAAGAAGGCUUCCUAUUUUCGAAGAAAUGGCUCAAUCUAGAGAUCAGUUGGCCUGUUAAAUUUGUUUGUCCAACUUUUGAUUAUUAGCUAGCUUUGAAUAAGAGUGAGUGGUGUGAAAAAUAGAAGACAAAUAACUCUCAGUGUUAGGCUGUAACUUGCAUGUAAUAUGUGUGAAUAGGAUGAAAAUUAUUGUGAGGGUGGGUUGGGGUAUCUAUCAAGGUGGCCUACUGGCCUGGCCUCCGCAGUCAUUUCUUAAAUAAAAUAAUACA